AUGGUGGACCUGUUCGUCGAUCGGGUCCUGGUGAAGAACAACAAGGACCAGGAUGAGCUGGACACGGAACGUGAGAUCGUCAUGCGCCUGCAGAACCGGAUCCUCAUGCUGUUCUUUGCGUCUGCUGCGUGCGAGACCUGCCAGCAGUUUGCUCCCACGCUCUCUGACUUCUUCAAGCAGCUGACGGAUGAGUUCUACGUGGAUCGCUCCGCUCAGCUGGUCCUCCUGUACAUCAGCUUGGACCAGUCAGAGGAACAGCAGGAAAGCUUCCUCAAAGAGCUUCCCAAGAAGUGCCUGUUCCUGGCCUAUGAGGACCCCUACAGGAGGGAGCUGGAGGUCAUGUUUAACGUGGAGGAGCUGCCCACGGUGGUGGUGCUGCGUCCCGACUGCUCCGUCCUCGUCCCCAACGCGGUGGACGAGAUACUUAACCUGGGAACGCGCUGCUACCGCAACUGGCGGGAGGCGGCGGAGCUCAUUGACAGGAACUUCAUGCUCAACGAGGACUUUGAAGAGAAGUCCAUGCGCAGCUUCAGCGACCCAGUGAGGAGGCUUAAGUACAAGGUGGAGGACGAGAAGAAGAAAAACAAGAAGAACAAGAAGCGCAGAGGGUGGGGUGGAGGUGGAGAUGAAGGCGUGGAGGCGGACAGAAGAGGGGAUGACAAGGAAGGAGGAGGGUCGCCGUGGUGA